AUGGAAGUCCCAAUAUGGUUUUGCAAUAAUGGCCAAUAUUCAUCAACUUAUGAUCAAGAUUCAAAUUCUGAAAAACAAAGCACUACUUCAACAACUACAUAUGAAGAAACCAGCUCUUGCAGUAUUGACACCUUUGCUUCCCCAAAAUCUUUCAAAUCUCAUUCUUGCAUAGCCACUUUUAAAACCUUAACCCCACAAAUUUCCCAUCUAGCCAUUCACAAUGACAUUUUAUACGCUGCAUCUCUCAACGAAAUCACUGCCUUCGAUUUAAAAACCUAUGAACAAAUCGACACAUUCAGCCGUCAAACAACUUCAUCUUUUGGCAUAGUAAAAUCAAUUGCGUUUAGCAAUACAAAAAUCUUCACAGCUCAUCAAGAUUGCAAAAUUAGAGUUUGGCAACUCACACCCUCCUCCAUAAAACAUCAACUCCUCUCAACUCUUCCAACUUUAAAAGAUCGGAUCCGACGUGGCAUUUCUCCUAAAAAUUACGUCCAAAUUAGACGUCACAAGCAAAAACUCUGGAUAGAACAUGCAGAUACUGUUUCAGGAUUAGCUGUUAAUAAUGAGGGGUUAAUGUAUUCAGUUUCAUGGGAUAAAAGCUUCAAAAUUUGGAAUAUGUCGAAUUUUUCUUGUUUAGAAUCCGUUAUAGGUCAUGUUGAUGCUAUUAACGCCAUUGUUGUUUCUCAUGACGGCGUCGUUUACACAGCUUCGGCUGAUGGGGAAAUAAAAGUUUGGCAAAGAGAAAAAAAUAAGCAUAUUUUAGUAGCUACAUUGAAGAAACACAAAUCUACAGUGAAUGCAUUGGCUCUGAAUAAGGAAGGGUCGGUUUUAUUUUCAGGAGGAUGUGAUGAAAAAAUAUUAGUAUGGGAAAGAGAGGAAUAUUGUGCUGAUUAUAUGUUGGCUACGUGGUCAUUAAGAGGACAUAAGGGUGCAAUUUUGUGCUUGAUUUAUAUUGAUGAUGUUUUAAUUAGUGGAUCAUCUGAUAAAAAUGUGAGGAUUUGGCAAAAGAGUAGUAAUAAUACAGAAUGUGGAUAUUUUUGCUCGAUAGUUUUUGAAGGGCAUUGUAAGCCAGUGAAGUCAGUUACAGCAGCUUGGGAAUGGGAUGAUGAUAAUAAUAAUGGAAAUAAUAAUGGGGUUCUUUCUGUUUUAAGUGGAAGUUUGGAUGGAGAAAUUAGAGUUUGGGAGGUUAUUGUUUCAACGUCACGUUAG